AUGUCAUCACCCGUUCCUCUCCUUCGUCCACCGGUUCCUGGCGCUCGCAACAAUAAUGGCAGCCCACGAGCCCCGAAGCUCACGUUAGGCAUCCCCCCUCACCUAGCGCUAAACCCGUCAAUGGCAAUCCCGCACCCGCCCAAGUACCUCAAAUCCAAACCCAGCCCCAACCUCAGCCUCGUCCGUCGGGUCGACCAGCACCACCACGACUGCAUCUCGCAACUCCUAUGGGCGCUCAGCAGAAUGUAUCCCAGCCAACCCUCAUGCCGAACGGUCGACCAGCCCCGCCCCCACUGA